AGGUUCGGCCAUUUUGCUUUGGCGAGGUCUUUCAAUUUAGGAGAAUUCUAGCUACAUGUCUUGGUAGUACUGCAGAUUUCAUUCAUCAAACAAACUCGUUUUAGGUUGUAAUUAAACCGCUUUUUUUUACAACCUCAAAACAACAAGUGCGUUGCGAUCGGGCAUAGGAAUAAAAUAAGUUUUGAAAACCAUUGCAGAGUGGAGUAAAACUUGGAAGAAUCAUGGCCACCGCAACCCCAAGCCGCGCCGCGCCUGCUGGAACCCCGCUCUCCCCGACUAGGAUCUCACGCCUCCAGGAAAAGCAAGACCUGCAGCAUUUGAACGAUAGGCUUGCCGUUUACAUCGACCGAGUCCGGUCACUAGAGCUUGAAAAUGACCGGCUCAUGGUGAAGGUCUCCGAGAAGGAAGAAGUCACUACACGCGAGGUGACUGGGAUUAAGACCCUGUACGAGGCGGAGCUAGCAGACGCUCGGCGUGUCCUGGAUGAGACGGCCAGGGAGAGGGCCAGGCUGCAGAUAGACCUGGGGAAGGCCAACUCUGACCUGGAGGAGGUGACCAGGAGCCUGAAAAAGAAAGAUGGCGACCUGGCUCUUGCCAUGGCUCGGGCCAAGGACUUUGAGGCCCAGUUCAACAAGAGUGAAGCAAACCUGGCCACGGCCCUCAGCGAGAAUGGAAACCUGGCUGCAGAGGUUGCCGACCUGAAGGCCCAGCUAGCCAAGGCUGAAGAUGCCCAUGCAGUUGCUAAAAAGCAGCUGGAGAGCGAGACUCUGAUGCGGGUGGAUCUGGAGAACCGCUGCCAGAGUCUGAUGGAGGAGCUGCAGUUCAGGAAGAGCAUGUUCGACGAGGAGGUGCGUGAGACGCGUCGUCGUCGUGAGAAGCGCACCGUGGAGGUGGACAGUGGGGUGACCCAGGACUACACGUUCCAACUGGCCCAGGCUCUGCAGGACCUGCGCAGGCAGCACGAGGAACAAGUCUCCAUCUACAAGGAGGAGCUGGGCAACACCUUCCAGGCCAAGCUGGAUAAUGCCAAGGUGUCGUCUGACCUGAAUGACAAGGCGGUGAGCACCGCUCGGGAGGAGCUGGAUGAGGCUCAUAUGAGGAUCGAGAGCCUGGCCUACCAGCUCUCUGCCCUGCAGAAACAGGCGUCUGCCAAUGAGGAGCGUGUGCGUGAGCUGGAGGACCUGAUGGCUGGAGAACGGGACAAGCACCGCAAGCAGAUGGACUCCAAGGAGAGGGAGAUGGCUGAGAUGAGGGACCGCAUGCAGCAGCAGCUCAACGAGUACCAGGAGCUGCUGGAUGUCAAACUGGCCCUGGACAUGGAGAUCAACGCCUACAGGAAACUACUGGAGGGAGAGGAGGACAGACUGAAGCUGUCCCCCAGCCUGUCCGGCCGUGUGACAGUGUCCCGCGCCAUGGGCGGCAGCACCUCUUCCCGCUCCUCCCGCGCCAAGAGGAAGCGCGUGGAGCUGGAGGAAGAAUCAGUGGUCGUGCCUCAGGUCCACAUCAGCCAGGAGGCAGAGGCCGUCGGCAGCGUCGCCAUCGAGGAGACUGACCUGGAGGGCAAGUGUGUCACCCUCAAGAACGACUCAGACAAGGACCAGUCUCUAGGUAGCUGGAGGCUGCAGAGGCAGAUUGGAGAAGGAGAGGAGAUCACCUACAAGUUCUCCCCGAAGUUUGUCCUCAAGGCUGGCCAGACGGUCACGGUGUGGGGAGCAGACGCAGGCGUGUCUCACAGCCCCCCCUCUGACCUGCUGUGGAAGAGCCAGGCCUCCUGGGGCACCGGGGACGACAUCAUCACCACCCUGGUGAACUCUGACGGAGAGGAGGUUGCUAAGAGAACCGUCACCAAGAUGUUGAUGGAGGUAGAGAACGGAGAUGAUGACGAUGAUGACUUCGAGGAGGAGGAACUGAGAGGAGAAAAGGCCUCUUCCAGGGAAUGUUCAAUCAUGUGAAGAAGUUCCCCAUUCUUGAGUUUGUUUUCCUACAAAUUCUGCUUCUGUUUUUCUACAGCCACUCAAAUGUUUUUGUAUAAUUCUGUCUUGUGUUCUUAAUAUUUUUUUAUCUUAUAAGACAAGGUAAGAGCCUGCCCAUAUUUUUAAGA